UGAGAAGGUCCCAUGGAAUGAACUCGAUAAUCAAUCAGUGUGGUACAUUCCGCACCAUGGAGUCUAUCACCCCCACAAACCUGGGAAGAUCCGUGUUGUUUUCGACUGUUCAGCACGUUUCCAAGAAACCUCUCUAAAUGAUCAUCUUCUGACCGGGCCAGAUCUGACCAACACAUUAGUCGGAGUACUAUUUCGAUUUAGAAAGGGUCCAAUAGCCAUUAUGUGCGACAUUGAAAGAAUGUUUCAUCAAUUUCAUGUCGCAAAGGAACACCAAGACUACUUAAGAUUCCUCUGGUGGGACAAAGGCGAUCUGGACUCGAAACCCUCAGUGUACAGAAUGAAAGUGCACUUGUUUGGAGCAGCAUCGUCCCCUGGCUGCUCCAACUUUGGACUCAAACAUCUGGCAUCUCAGGGUCAUGGAUGUUCAGCGAGGAGUCCAUCAAGUUCAUCCAAAGAAGCUUCUAUGUUGACGAUGGCUUAAUAAGCGUAAAAACAAUCGAUGAAGCCAUUCAUCUGGUGGAAGAGUCUAGAGCCUUGUGCAGAACAGGAAAUCUUCGGCUGCACAAGUUUGUGUCCAAUGAAAAGGAAGUAACCGCCGCAAUACCACCAGAAGAACGUGCACAGACCAAAGAUCAAGAUAUGGCCUUAGGAGAAUUUCACAUCGAGCGAGCACUUGGAGUUCAGUGGUGCAUCGAAACUGAUGAAUUCAAAUUCAGAGUCGUGGUUAAAGAGAGCCCACUGACAAGAAGAGGAGUUCUCUCUACAGUCGCCUCUGUCUACGAUCCGUUAGGGUUUGUAGCCCCCUUUAUAUUAGUCGGCAAACAGAUCCUGCAAGAGCUAUGUAGAGAAAAGGUAGGCUGGGAUGAAGAUCUUCCCGAACACAUUCUGCCAAGAUGGGAGUUAUGGCUUAAGGAUUUGCCACACCUGGCAGCACUGAAUGUUCCAAGAAGUUACCUUCCAUCACAUUUUGACUCAGUCAUGCGUUAUGAGUUACACAACUUUUCAGAUGCAAGUCUCAAUGGAUACGGUGCAUGUUCUUAUCUCCGAGCAAUAAGUGAAACAGGACAGAUCAGUUGUUCACUUGUCAUGGGGAAGGCAAGAGUAGCCCCUACCAAGCUAACGACCAUCCCGAGACUUGAAUUGUCAUCAGCUGUGACUUCAGUGCGCAACGGCGAUGUUGUAAAAAGGGAGCUUGAGAUUGAGAACUUAGAAGAGUAUUACUGGACUGAUUCGAAGGUGGUUCUUGGCUAUGUGAACAAUGAUGCAAAGAGGUUCCACACAUUCGUAGCCAAUCGGAUCCAACGUAUAAGAGCUAGCACGAAUCCUGAACAAUGGCGACAUGUCAGCUCUGGAAAUAAUCCAGCCGACCAUGCCUCAAGAGGACUGACUUCGGUUCAGUUGAAGGAGUCGAACUGGCUGAAAGGACCUGACUUUCUUUGGCAGCAGAAUCUUCCAUGUAAAGAGGAAAUGGUGGGAGAAGUUGAAAUGACCGAUCCUGAGCUUCGCAAAGCCCAUGUUCAUGCAGUCAAGAUGAAAGAGGUGAAUUCACUGGUGAAGCGCUUUACAAAGUUUUCGGACUGGUCCAGAGCAGUGAGAGCGGCUGCUAGGCUAAAGAGAUUCAUCAGAGAAUUCAAAGGACAUCAGCCAAGAACAAAGGAAGCAACUAGCCUUGAAGAAAGAAGAGAAGCCGAAAUCUUUAUUAUCAAGCUGGUGCAAGAAGAAGCUUUUGCUGAAGACAUUCAGAAAAUCAAGCUCCAGAAAGAAAACACCCUGAACAAGCGUAACAAGUUACGCCAGCUGAAUGCCUUCUUGGAUAAGGACAAUGUUCUCAGAGUGGGAGGACGAUUAUCUCGAUCAGCCUUACACCAUGACGUAAAACAUCCGGCAAUACUUCCGAAGAAAUCUCAUGUGUCAGCCCUUCUAGUCAAACACUAUCACGAGCGUGUACAUCACCAAGGAAGAGGCAUGACCAUGAACGAGCUGCGCGCAAAUGGAAUAUGGAUUCUUGGUUGCGGAAGUGCUGUCUCCUCACACAUUUAUAAAUGCGUAACUUGCAGGAGAUACAGAAGAGCCACAGAAGUCCAAAAAAUGGCAGAUCUCCCGGAAGAGAGAACAGAAAUGUCCCCUCCUUUUACCUAUUGCGGACUCGAUUGCUUUGGCCCCUUCAUCGUAAAGGAAGGAAGGAAAGAGUUGAAACGCUAUGGAUUGUUGUUUACUUGCUUAUGCUCCAGAGCAGUACAUAUAGAAACACUAGACGACUUAACAACAGACGCUUUCAUGAACGCGCUUCGAACAUUUGUAGCUAUUAGAGGACCUGUGCGUCAAUUGAGAUGCGAUCAGGGAACAAAUUUCAUGGGUGCCAGGAGACUGUUUUCUGAAUUGCUUAAAGGAAUUGACCAAGAACGUCAACGAGCAUUCGGUUGCGAAUUUGUAACGAACGUCCCAUCAGCAAGUCAUAUGGGUGGAGUUUGGGAGCGUCAAAUUCGAACUAUCCGAAGCAUCUUAACCGUUAUGCUCGACAAAUCCGCAAGCAGACUUGACACCACAUCGCUGAGAACGUUUCUCUACGAAACAAUGGCUAUAAUCAACAGCAGACCGUUAAGUGUUGAACAUCUUCAUGAUCCCAAUGGACCAGAACCUCUCACACCCAACCAUAUUCUAACGAUGAAAUCAUCAGUUAUUCUGCCCCCUCCCGGGCAGUUUUGCAAAGAAGAUCUCUAUUUGCGCAAACGUUGGAGAAGAGUGCAGUUCUUAGCUGAUGAAUUCUGGCAAAGAUGGAAGCGGGAAUACUUGCUAAACCUUCAACAACGACAGAAAUGGCAAAGAACAACACGGAAUUCACAAGUGGAUGACAUUGUGAUUCUACAAGAUGACAGCUCUCCAAGAAACGAAUGGAAGCUUGCCAGGGUCGUAGAAGUUCACCCUAGUGCAGACAGUAUGGUGCGGAAGUUGAAGCUACUAGUCGGAGACACUACUGAUAAAGGACAGCCACUAACUAAAAGAAUCUACCUCGAAAGGCCCAUUCACAAGUAGUUACCUUACUUGAAUCUAACUGAGUCACAUACACAAGAUUACAUUCAUUCAGUCUUACAACACCUUUAAUUGACCUUCCACGUAUAGAAAUCCUACAUUUCAAGUUAAUUAGGGAUUUGGUGGGAGUGUAAGUGUUGUUGCAUAAAUACUUGUGUUUUCAUGAUGCGCAGUUCAUAAUUGCUGUUAUAAUUUCAUGUAACAAAUAUAACUUAAUUUGGUGUAAAGAUAAAAUGUAAUACAUGUUUAAGAACUAAAGGGUAGAAUAAGCUGCUAAAUGAUAUGUGGUUAACAGUGUAUCUAUCUCAUUCUGUAUAUUUACGUUUGUCCCGGAACUAAUGUUUUCUGUCUGUGUUACCGCUACAACGGUUUAAGUCGACACUCACUGCCUUGAAUUCCGGCGGAGCAGAUAGCUCCGAUGCUUGUUAAACUGCAUAAAAGUUAAAAAUGUGGUUUGAAGUUAAUACAGACGACCAAAUGGACAUUCAAGAGACUUCAAAGAACUUAGUAACCUCUUUUCACGACAAGCGGCCAACGAGUUCUCACGGCGUAUAAGGCAUAUACGACGUUCAAGGCGUACAUGGUGUGAAGCUGGAUGUACCAAAGAGACCCGAUGUGCCCACAGCAAUAAACGCCCGUUGCAAAGAAC